AUGGCAAUCAUCUCUGAUGUUCCUGGCCUGAAUGCCAAGGUAAUGGUGCAUGGUCUGCCACUCGACGAGUUUCCUAGCGACAAUGAACCCGACACUUCAGACACCGUUACGCGAUAUGUCGAGGCAAUUUCAGGCCUUAACUUCAUCGUCGCCAUCACCUGCGACGAGUCGCUUGACCCGGCGUACAAGGCCUCGGACCUCUACAUGGAGCUGUUCGUUGACGGCCACAAGGCCGGCAAGUGCACCCUCGAGAGGGCAAAAUGGAUAGGCCGGCAUGGAACAAACUACCACUUCACUGGAUUUCGCCUUAUCGAAAAUGGGCAGUGGGUCCAUCGGACUAUGGCCUUUUCAGAAGUCAACGUCGUCGAUGAGAACGAUCGGGUUGCUCAUCCGGCUGCCGAGAUUGAGGCCAUCCGGUCUCUGGGAGAGAUCAAAGUUACCGUCCUACGGGCCAAGUUGCAACCUACAACUCCACGUAGCUCAACUAGUAUAUCAAACCACAACUUCACCAUCAUCGACAGCGUUCCAGAAAAAAAGCUCAAGGGCCGAGCAAUUAGCCAUCAGGUCAAGCUUGGGGAGGCGAUACCGCAACCGUACAGCCUCACCAAGCGGAAACACUGUAAGAGAAUCGAUGCCGAGCCUUUCGCUACCUUCAUUUUCCGUUACCGCUCCAGGGAUGCGUUGAAGGCCGAGUGCAUCAUCUCGAGGACCGCCUCGCCUGAGCUGCUCGAGGACCGCCCAAUCGAGACUUUAACCGCUGAAGAGGCCCGUGAGCUCGUUCGUCGCCUCAAGGACCAACAGGGCGCACGCCGGAGCCUGCCGCCGAGGUUCAAGCGAGAGGUCAAGCAAGAGGUCAAAGACGAGCCGGGCCGGGGAGAGCGUCUGAGUGACGCCGAUGUCAUUGACUUGGGAAGCGAGGAUUCCGAUGUCGAGAUUACCAGCGUCCGACUUCGAAAGCGUCGACGCAUUUCCGGACCCAUCGAGAUCAUUGACUUGAGCGAUGAAUAA